AUGAAACCAAGUUUGAUUAGAUUAGUAAAGCCACGUCGUCCAGAACAUGCCACCUCGGCAAUAUUACCACCUAUACCAUUAUAUAGAGCAAUACUUAGAGCACAUGUUAGAAAAUUACCAAAAGAUUUAAGAUAUCUUGGAGAUUCCUAUGUUAAAAAAGAAUUUAAAGAUCACAAAAAAAUUGAUAAUCCAUUACAUAUAAUUGGAUUUUUAACAGAAUGGCAAGAGUAUCUUAAACAAAUAGAUGAUAGUAAAUAUUUACAAAAUAAAUUAAGUAAACAAGAUUUAGAAAAAAUGUCAGAUGAACAAAUUGGUCAACUAUAUGAAUUAAUGGAAGCAACAAAGAAAAUUGGUGAACAACAAGUAUGA